AGUUUAGUUUUAGCUUUUUGACACAAUCCCAUCUCAGAAAAAGUCUCCCUGCUUGUGCUCUAGAGAGGGAGAGAGAGAGGGAGAGGGAGAGGAGGGGAAAGGGAUCAAAAAGGUGAGGGAGGGAAUGGAUGUGAGGAAAAUAGUCGUGGUAGUAGAGGAUGAAGAUGUAGCAAGAACAGCACUGCAAUGGGCUCUCCACAACUUACUUCGCUAUGGUGAUUUGCUAACUCUCCUUCAUGUCUUCUCUCCCACUACAUCCAGAAGCAAGAAGAAAGCAAGGCGGCUUCGCUUGCAAGGCUAUCAGCUGGCUCUCUCCUUCAAGGAAACAUGUAACUCCAAUUUCUUCAACAGAAUUGUGUUACAGACAAAUAUUGAGAUAAUUGUCACGGAAGGCGACCAGGAAGGCAGGAAGAUUCUGGCCAUCGUGCGGGAGAUUGGAGCCUCUGUUCUUGUUGUUGGUCUCCAUGAUCAGAGCUUCCUUUACAAGUUGGCCAUGGCCCACGACAGCAUAGCAAGCAGCUUCAACUGCAGAGUUCUUGCCAUCAAGCAACCAGAAUUGGUGCCACCGAGGACCAAGACCAGAGCAAUGCUAUCAGGGCUAGACAGCUCAACUAACAUGGACUUUUCCCAAAUCGAGAUUUCCGGAUUACAGGUCCCUGAUAUUCCUACCCCAAAGAUUCCAUAUCGAAUCUGUCCAAGCCCUUCUGCAAUUAUUUGGAGGUCGUCAAGGAAAUCCAGGAAAAAGAGGAGCUAUACCAAUGGAGCUUGAACAUGAAAAGCUUAGAGUAUAUCCAAAAUGCACAUAGUUUUUAAGCUAAUUUUCACAUUUUCUGGGCACAGUUUGUUCUUUAGGAUCUCAACUUCUCUUACAGUUACAGAUUACACAAAAAACAAAAAAAUACAAAUAAACAAUGGAGAUUGACAUCAUACAACAAUCUUUUGCUUAGUUUUGAUA